CCGGAAGUAAGAAAACGGCUAAGCUGCUAGUUAACAGAAGAAGAACGGGGGUUUGUUUACAGGGGUUUACAGCUAGCUUUUAAAUUAAAUACAAAUAAUGAACACUGCGGUAAAAUAGGGAUUAUUAGCGCGUUCAGGCUGUUUACAGUUGGACAGGAGGAUGAAAACACGGGGAGUGUUCUACACGGAGGAGAAACUCCAGCGGAGAGUCCGAUAGUUAGCAAGAUACGAGUCUCAGUGUUAGCGGCUAGUCAGGGGCGGAGAGAGAGAGAGAGAGCGGGGAUAGAGAGAAGGAGAGAGCGGGUAAAGGGAGAGAGAGAGGGAGAGAGAGAGGGAUAGAGAGAGGGAUAGAGAGAGGGAGAUUAUAUGAACCGGGGGAAACAUGUCUUUAGUAGCGUACGACAGCAGCGACGACAGUGAGCGCGAUGAUCCGAGCCCAGCGCCACGCAGCUCGAAUAAAGCCGGCGGAAUGUUCGCCUCCCUGCCCGCCCCCAAGCGCCCGGAGCCCGCAAUGGGCAACCCUGUACCCGGCCUGGAGCUUCCACGGGCCAAGAAGCGCUCAGAGCCGGUCAGGAUCAGUGCUCCAGAGAUCCGAGCGGACAGCUCUGAUGAGGAUGAAGAGGAGCCCAUGAGGAAGAAAGUAGGAUCUCAGGGUGCUGGUGGUCUUUCUGCUCUCCUGCCCCAACCCAAACACCUGAGUGUGAAGGAAAUGCAGCGCCCUCUGGUGCCCCACACCCUGACCAAACGCCCCGCCCCCGCCGCUCACAACAAAAGCUCGAGGUCGGCGUCUCAGGGUGUGUCCGCGGCGAGUCCGUCUCCGUCGGCUAUUAAAGCGGCGGCCAAGUCGGCGUCUCUGCAGUUCGCUCGGCAGAUGGCGGCGGACGAGGAGGGAAGUGACGAUGAGCUCGUGGCAGAGAAUUUCUUCUCCCUGUCGGAAAACUCUGCAGAACCGGAGGUCGGAGCGUCGUAUCCCGACCCUCAGCCCUACACCCCCUCACUGCAGCCUUCUCCCUGCGCCGAGGACGCGCCGCUCGACUUCACCUCCAGCACAGACACACAAUCCAGACCCACCUGGGGCACUAACGAGUACCCCACCCCCGAGUAUCUACCACAGAACCACAAACACGCUGCUCAGGAGUUAUAUAGUGCAGGUUUUUACCAGGAGCAGAAUUGUGAGCAGGAGGAAGCAGAGUCCUCCACUCUGUUCAACGAUGAAGCAUUCCGCAGGCUGCAGGGGAAACAGAACCGAGGGAAAGAGGAGAUCAAGUUCUUGGAGAUUAAAGGUGAUGAUCAGCUCAGUGGCCAUCAGCAGUGGAUGAUGAAGAACAUGACGACGGAGAUGGAGCCACGCAGGUCCUUCAGCAAGAAAAAAGGAGAUCAGCCGACAGGACAACAGCGUCGCAAACACCAGAUCACAUAUCUCAUCCAUCAAGCUAAGGAACGAGAGCUGGAGCUGAAGAACAGCUGGUCUGAAAACAAACUUACACGCAGACAAACUCAGGCCAAAUACGGCUUCUAGAGGAGAUCUUUGUGUGCGUGUGUGUGUGUGUGUGUGUGUGUGAGAGAGAGAGAGAGAAAAAGACAGACAGACAGACAGAGAGAGUGAGAGAGAGAGAAUUGAAAUGAACAUGUUGGUGUGAGAUGUUUCAGCAUUGAGUGAGAGAAAACUGUAACAUGAGACAGAGCCUGAAACAUCCACCAGGUGUGUGUGUGUGUGUGUGGGUUAGUGUGUGUGUGUGUGGGUUAGUGUGUGUGUGUAUGUAUAUACAUUCUUUAUCUAAAGGUACCAGAAGUUGCCCACACUCAUUUAAUCCGUUAUUCUGCCCCGUCCCUGGAAAGCCUGAGUCCUGCUCUGUUGGAGAUGAAGCUUCUGGUUCAGUGCCUGAGAUCAGCACACAUCAGCCUCUGCUCUGCCUUCAGACUUUGGGCCACGUCUCAUUCCCCUGGUGUCGAGUUCAGAGCGAUGUCAUGUGCACUGUACUAACCAGAGACUACGCGCUUCAGUUAAACAUUAGCUUCAUCAGCCUGCUGGAGUAAGUGCACAGUGUGGACAUUUAGAAGAACUUCUCCUCCAUCUUCACCAGCUCCUGUUUCAGCUACAAAUCUGUGAACUGCAUGAACAUGUGUGUGUGUGCGCGCGCGCGUGCGAGUGUGUGUAGUAACCCAGUAAUACUCUGUAUAGCAGCCAGAUUUUUUUUUGUGAAGUAAUAAAACAAUAAAGAGAGAAAGUCUGAAAGGUGAAA